AUGGCAGACCAGACACCAAACGUGGGAAGCCAACAGACGUCCAAGCCGUCAACGCCGAAUCUGACUCCCGGCUCGGGGCCUACCAUUUCGUCCUCCGCAUCAACCUCGUCGGCACGGCCAUACGUACCACAGUUUUCGGCUGCUACACAGCUCAUUCUUCAGCGUCUGAAGGCCAAGGAGGGAAAGAAUGAUGGCGGUAGUAGUUUCAGUUCAGUCGUAUCAUCGAAAACGACGGUGAUCACGGGCAGCAGUCAUAUCAAGGUUGAGCAAGAUGCGUUCGAGGACGCGAAGAAGAGGCUUGUGGCGGGCACGGGGAUAAAAACCUCGACAUCCAUGAGCUUAAAAAUGCCCCUGGUCCAGCCGAGCAUCAAGAUGCCAACGCCAGCACCUACGACGACAGUCAAGAAGAACCUUUCUCUGCCAAGCGCGUCGACAGCACCACGUGCUGCUUCAGGUUCAGGUUCGAACUCAACGACCCUUUCACUGCCGCUACCGCCGCCGCCGCCGCCGCCUCCUCCUCCAAAACACAAAUCAUUAACCUUCAAGAGCGGCACAACGAGUGCCAUAAAGAACAUCAACAGCGGUCUCACGGCAUCAGGCAAAGUCUCGGUAGUCAAACCACCCAAGCCUCCUGCCGCUGCCGCCGCCGCCGCCGCCGAAAGUAAAUCCAAAAAGGCGAAGACGUCAACAGGUAACCCAGUCGGGCGUCCCCCCAACACCAGCAAAGCCGGAGCCGCAGCCGCAGAAUCCAGCGCUGCCACCACCAACACCACCACUGGUGGUGGUCACAGACGAAAACGCAUCAAACAACAACAAGACGCGGACGAAUUUAGCAGUCUCUCCAGUCUCUCUGAUGUAUCCGAGGUCGAAGACGCCGCCGUCACCUCCACCCUCUCAGGCGCUGCUGCCGCCGCCCAAACCUCCCUCCUCACCAUGACCAAAUCCGGCCGCCAAGUCCUCAAACCCACAACCUACAGCCCCGCGGCCGUCGACGCCGCCAACAAGAAACACCGCAGCACGGCAUCAACACACCACUACGGCAAGCGCACAGCCGAGCAAGCCUUGUGCAAGAAAUGCACGCGGAUGCAUAGUCCCGCCCAAAACCCAAUGGUGUUCUGCGACGGGUGCAACGAAGGGUGGCACCAGCGGUGUCAUGACCCCCGCAUCGAAACGGAAGUCAUCCGUGAUCCGACCAAGGGUUGGGUAUGUUCGCUGUGUGUGGCGAAGAGGGAAGGGGGAAACAAGGGUUUGAGUGGUAAGAAGGGGCAGCAGAGACGGGAACUACUAGAGCAGCAACAACAACAACAACAACAACAAGCAAAGGUCGCGACGAGGGAAAGUUGGGCAGAUAAACCACCUCAACAAAAACGCGCUUAUCUGUCGACGUUGCCGCCGCAGGAGCUGGUGGGAUUGAUCAUGGCUGCGUUGGAGGUGAAGCCUGAUUUGCCGAUAUUUCCUGGUUCUUCUCCUGGUACUACUAGUACAUUCAAGGGGUCCAACAACAACAAUAACAACAGCAACAGCAAUGGAAAGGGACACAAGGGCUCUUCGGGACCGAAUGGCAAGAGUCUAAAAGAUGUGAUUCUCUCCCGAGAAACGAGCCAAGAAAACCAAGGCGGAGAGGAAGGUGAUGAAGAAGAGUACGACCCGCUAGUGGCUCUGUGGCCUGAGCCGGGCAAGGGUCUGUACAGCACGCUACCCUUUGACGUGGACGAUGAUGAUUAUAUGGUGGACAACGGCGACUUUGAGGCUUUCAGUUCGAUUGUGUAUGAUGAUAGAGGGAGAAAGGUGCUGGAGAAUGGCUUGAGGGUAUAGGAAGACUCCGAACGUGUCUCUCGCGGGAAUCGGCAGUUCCUCGCCUCAAGAAAGGUACGGGGCGAGACGAGCUAGGUAGGGGAGGGACAGGAGGUCAGAUACAGGGUAAAUAGCUGGGCUUGGCCUCUGAUAUCAGCGUUGAUUAUACUACGUGUCAUGUACGAUAAGCAUGAGCUGAACCCACUGUCCUAGGUUUGCCACUUUGAAAGGACAUUUACUUGCUCGCAGUUUCUUGAGCCGUUUGGAUCAUCAUAUCAUGGAUUGUGGGGUUUCCGUGCCCCCGAGAAAAUGCAGCGAACUGGCGACAACCCAUC